AAAGGGAAAAAGCACAAGGAGAAGAUGGACAAUGACGAGAAGGAGCAGGUAGAACUGGCACUGCGCGGGUUCCGCAAUGCUGUAGAGUGCUUUUGUCGCCGCAACCAUGCCGACGGUGCUAGUAGUAAGCUAGUCCAUCCCUUACUGGACCACACAGAGUUUUUGGUGCGGCAAUUGACCCGAAAGCGUCGAUCACUCGAACAUGGAUUGACGUUUCUGCAAACGACCCUGUGGCCGCAGGAAAUCUUACAUCGCUUUCUUUCAUCGGAUCACCGCACGCGGGUGGCAUUGCUCACACACUUUCUCAAUCAGUGCCUGCGGUUGCACGAUGGAAUCCUGUUGCUAGUCAGUGGCGAGUGUCGUCAUGCCGCUGACAUUCGGAGAGCCAAGCGGAGUAAAUUCCAAUCCAAACUCAAAUCACAAGAACUCCGUCCCGAUGGAUACACCAAACUGUUCAAUGCUCCAGGAGGAUACACAGGCUAUGGCUGGGAUGAAUUCCUCGACCAACAAGUGGGGGUUCGACAACGAUUGUUGCAGACACUCCAGAAAAUUUCCAUCAACAAGAAGAAAAAGACAAGAAAAUCAUUGGACCAAAUUUGGGAUGCCCUCAUGGCCCAGGGAGGAGAGGCAUUGGAGGCACUCUUGGACACUCAUGAGUCUAAAAUGAAAUUAAUUCAACAAGGAUUCACUGCGCUCAGGGAUUCUGUGGUGCGAGAUCUCAAGAAAACCGCCAAAAUCCAAAAUAAUGUCAAGGUGGCAUUUGUGCUCUAUGACAAAAUGGAAAAAUUGACUUACGGAACCAUUGAAAUUAGCCGAAAAGGAGAUCAAUUUCAAGUCAACGAUCCACAGGGAGCAUUGCCCAGUGGAUACACGGUUCAGGAUUGGAGCAAAGUGAUGGCGCUUCCUAAAUCAGUUGUUCAAUCAAAAAGCUCGGGCAAGGAGACCAAAAAUAGCAAGAAGACUUAUGCCGGAAACAAGCGGCGUCGAGUCAUUGCGGAAGAGAGCAGUGACGAGGAAGGGGACAAAAAGAAGUCCUCUUCGGCCAAGUCUGCUCCUGCCAAAGGGAAGCAACAAAAUCAAAAGACAGCAAGCUGCGCACCUAAAAGUCCCAUUGUGGCAAAAGCAACCGGCCUCAAUGUCAAGAUUGCCAAGCCAAUAGAAACUAGUGGGAAAGGCAAUUCACCACCUGGCACAUCUUUGGCCCAAAUCAAAGUACAAAUGGGGGCUGAUAUCCAAGCCCUAGAGGCGGCCCGAGAAGAGGUGGAAAAGGAAGAGGCAGUGGCAUCAAAAGCUGCCAGGGCCGAUGAAGUGGAAGCCAAUGCCACCAGUAUCCAGGAAGGGGAAGCCUUUAUUCGAAAACAACGGGCAGUCCUCAAGAGGGUCCUCAGAAACCAAAGUGAGAAGCGAGACAUCAAGGAAAUAUGGGACACGAGAGAGGUGUUGCGAGAACAGUUGAUGACUGUAGGCAAUCAAAUCCUAUGGGACUGGCAGCCAACGGAGAAUGACAAGAUUCCAGCCCAUCACCGAGAUCGACAAUCCGCACUGCUGGUGGCCCUCAAAUACUUUCAAGAGGCCAAAGAAGUGACCGAGGAACAGGACAAGCUUAGGAGAACCCUUCGAGCUCAGGGCAAGUACACAACAGCCGAAGCUUGUUUCUUUUCACGAAAUCUCUUGUUCCUGUUGGGAAACGCACAUGCCAACAUUGGAAUCACGUGCAUUGAACUUGCCAAUGAGACAAAACGACACACCCAGUUCAAGACCGUGGAAGCAAAGCAGUACCUGCGAGAUGCGGCCGAGAAUCUAGGGACUGCUCAGGCAUUUGCCGAGUCGCUGAGAUCAAGAGCAUCCACGGACCAGAAAAACUGGGGCUCCAAUCUCCUAGAAACUGCCAUGGACGCUGUGCGAGCCGAUCAGCUGGAAACCUUGGCGAUGCGGUGGUUGGGGACAGCUUUGUGGUACCAAGGAACUAAGAAGGAGGCAUGGAAACAAAUCAAAGCCGGGGCUGCCUUGUUUUCUGAGACGUCACGAAAACUUGAAUCUGAGGCGGGCAUCGACACGGGCAUACACAGGGUUCUUUGCGAGCUUGGUAGCAAGUGCUAUGAUGUCUGCAUUGCUAUCGCUGAUCUAGCAUCCGCAGAUAUGGAACGUAUGCCUCUAACAUCAGGUUCGGUGCAAGAUGGAGAAAAGCUGCUCUCCUACGUGAAGGGGAGCCUCAUGAAAGCCUCGGAGGUGAUCGAUACAAUCUACAACUUUUUCAUUUUGAUUCCAAGCGAAGAGUUGACAUUUGAUGAGUUUCUAACGGAGAAUGAAAUGAUGGGAGAACAGGCAAUCCAGUUGCACUUGAAGACGGUUGAAGAAUGGUGGGAGCGCAGUAGGAAGAUUGCGACCCGCCCCAUUGCGGUCGACUCAAUAGCGAUGGAGAAGCGUCCUUUCCCUUUGCCUCGAAGCGAGGUGGAGCCAAUGGGCCUGGAGAACAUGCCAACGAGGCGAUUCACGAUGGACGAAGGAGCCAAUCAUCGGCGUCACAAGAAGAAGCGACGCGGUGCCAAUCCGAUGUAUCACAAGCACAGUGGAGAGCUCCUCUCCGCGGUGUCGGACGGAUUUGGUGCAGCUGAUGACAAGCAACAAGAGCCCCCCAAACGAUAUCGUCCUUGGGGUGAUGAGUUGCUGCCUCAGCUUGUGAAUGAGGCCACUGGUCGAUCCACACCAAAGAUUGAAUACCCCUCUGUUGCACCACCAAUGCCAGCGCAUAUCUUGGCCAUGCUUCAAGCGGCCUAAGUACGAUGGCUGCCUAUCGUUCAAGUGUUGGUGUAGCAAGUCUAGUAUUCUUUAUUAUCUGCAUAGAAAACAGUAGCGUGUGCCCUGUCUCUAGCUAACUUAGGCUUGGUGUUCCUUGCUUGCAUCAUAAUCAAACAAUGCAUCGGCAAAGGCAAUCUCAAAGUUCCCGAGGCUUGAAAGGCUAUCGUGAAAGCUGUCUUCCACGCCAGUAAAAUCUUGCUGGGAGUCCUCGGUAUACAGUCUUCGUCGGCUGCACUGCUGCUCCUCUUUGCGUACAAUUAUUGAAGACUUGCUUGAUCGACGAACUCUUCUUGUACUUGCAUUCAUCUCUUUGUGGUAGUGGUGGACCAGAAAAGAUCUCCUUGGUUGUGCCAAAAUGUGUGGUACUGUGGCAGGCUGCUGUGGGGCAUCAGUGGUUGGCUUGCAUCGUUGACUAAUGGGUGGGCUGAUUUCUUGUGGUUCGUUGUCGUGCAUUGCAUCGUCGUCCGAGGGCGGUUGUUUGAAGCCAUCACAAGCAGGGACUUCAUGGUAGACGAAUGGAGUGAGAGUGGCAACUGUCAUGUUGGUGGCUUUCAAUAAUUUAUGAGUUUAUUUGAUGUUGUUGCUAUUAUUGUUGUUGUGGGAGAUUGGAAUUGUGCGCUUUGAAAUGGUCCAAGAAGAUGGCCAUUUAGUUUUGCGAAGUCUUUCUAGGAUGCAUGAUGUACCAGUACAAGCUAGUAGGCUGUUGUUGUUGCAAUGACCUAUCAUAGAAGUUCACUAGACAACUAAAUCCGGGGCCUACACCGUCCUUGACCAGUCUAGAUAGGAUCGUGUGCUCGUAAUCUUGGGCACCCACCAAGCGGUGCGUUAGCAACCCAGCAAAAGCAUGGUAAUAAGAAGCAGUGAGCCAACUUUGAAUUUGUGAGAAGAGAUGGUUCGGUCAUUCUGACGUGGUAAAAGGUUGAUUGUGUGGCUUUGUGUUCCAAAUGUUAAAUCCUAUUAUGUCCUUAAUUAAUGUGCUCCCAACUCCCGACAGUCCCAGUCACAUUUAAAUUUCCAGAGUUUCCAGCCAAAGCACCAGCAAGAAGCGCGGGGAA